AUGAGAGGAGCAGAGAGGGGUGAGAGGAGCAGAGAGGAGAUGAGAGGAGCAGAGAGGGGUAAGAGGAGCAGAGAAGAGCAGAGAUGAGAUGAGAGGAGCAGAGAGGGGUGAGAGGAGCAGAGAGGGGUGAGAGGAGGUGAGAGGAACAGAGAGGGGCCGAGAGGAGCAGAGAGGAGCAGAGAGGGGUGAGAGAGGUGAGAGGAAACAGAGCGGGGGCGAGAGGAGCAGAGUGGGGGUGAGCGGAGGAUAGAGGGGUGAGAGGAGCAGAGAGGAGGUAAGAGUGUACAUGGAUAGAAGGAGAUGAGGUGAAAGUGAUAUCAAGACAAGUGUGUGAGAGCUGGAAAAGGAGGCAGCUGUACAGUGUCUAUGAGCUGUCUUUUUUCAAGGUGAUUGAUGAUCCAAUGGUUUUGGUAAUCCAGUACUGUCAAUGUCAAAUCAGUAAUGGGCUUAAUAAGCAAGCAAGGAGGGAUGUAUUAGGAAACACUUCCUCAGUACUCUUUCUUUGUCAUCUCUCUGCAUGGCCUUACUCCCUCCUCCACGUCUCUCUCUUUUCUAGUUUGCUUUACCACUCUGUUUUCUCUCUGUCUCAUCCUGCUUCAUUCGCCUCUCUCUCUGUCUGCUCUCCCUCAUUUGUUUGUGUGUUGGUGCUGAGUCAUGUUCUGGGCAGUGAGCAGGAGCGGGACCUCGGUCAGCAGCUGUGCAGCAGGCGACAGGGACACGGGGGUUUAUACUUGUUCAGCUGCUACGUGAUGGGAAAAACAGUAGGAGCUGUUUUUUUGCAUUCAGAGCAUUAGCUCUCUGUCUGAAAGUCUUACAGUUAGUUUUCCUACUUCUCUGGAUUACUGCAAUGCUGUAGUCACAACUCUGAGUGCUUUAGUCCUCCUCUCCUCUAUCCCCUUGACCUUUCCCCUUGACCUUUCCAACCCCUCCCUCAUUCUAUCUACUCUGCCUUCCAGCAAUCCACCCAACCAUCCAUAUAUUCAUAAAUAUACCCACCCAUCCAUCAAUCUUCCCAACCAUCCAUAUAUUGAAUCAACAAGUCCCGAGGGGGUGUGUGGUAUAUGGCCAAUAUACCACGGCUAAGGGCUGUUCUUAAGCACGAUGCAAUGCAGAGUCCCUGGAUACAGCCCUUAGCCAUGGUAUAUUGGCCAUAUACCACAAACCCCCGAGGUGCCUUAUUGCUAUUAUACACUGGUUACCAAUGUAAUUAGAGCAGUAAAAAUACAUGUUUUGUCAUACCUGUGGCAUAUGCCACGGCUUAAAGCCAAUCAGCAUUCAGGGCUCGAACCACCCAGUUUAUAAUAAUAAAUAUACCCACAUCCAUUUAUUUCCAGACACUCUGCAGUGAGUGUCACCGUGUGUCUGACAGGAUGUGGCAUUAAGGCUGACGUCUGACAGGAUGUGGCAUUAAGGCUGACGUCUGACAGGGUGUGGUAUUAAGGCUGACGUCUGACAGGAUGUGGCAUUAAGGCUGACGUCUGACAGGAUGUGGUAUUAAGGCUGACGUCUGACAGGAUGUGGUAUUAAGGCUGACGUCUGACAGGAUGUGGCAUUAAGGCUGAUGUCUGACAGGAUGUGGCAUUAAGGCUGACGUCUGACAGGAUGUGGCAUUAAGGCUGACGUCUGACAGGAUGUGGCAUUAAGGCUGACGUCUGACAGGAUGUGGCAUUAAGGCUGACGUCUGACAGGAUGUGGCAUUAAGGCUGACGUCUGACAGGAUGUGGCAUUAAGGCUGACGUCUGACAGGAUGUGGCAUUAAGGCUGACAUGUGGUUGUUUGCUUUUAUUCUCUCAACACUUUGGAUAGUGGAAUUGGGAGCUGAUUAAAUUACGCCCUCUCUCUCUGUCUCUCUCUCUCUCCCCCUCCCUCUCCAUCUCCCUCUCUCUCUCCUAUACCUUUCUUCCUCUCCCCUCUCCCUCUCUCCCUCUCCCUCUCCCUCUCCCUCUCCCUCUCCCUCUCCCCUCCCUCUCCCUCUCCCUCUCCCUCUCCCUCUCCCUCUCCCUCUCCCUCUCCCUCUCCCUCUCGUUCUCCCUCUCCCCUCCCUCUCCCCUCUCUGUCAGAUGGGAAGGUGUAUGCGCUGGGAGGGAUGGCAGCUGACACGACGCCCCAGGCGCUGGUAAGGGUCUAUGAGCCUGAGAAGGACCAAUGGCAGGCCCUGACCUCCAUGCCCACGCCUCGCUACGGUGCCGCCUCCUUCCUGAGAGGCAACAAGAUUUACGUGCUGGGUAGGUCACACCCCCAUCCCCCCCACACCCCCAUCCCUGCCCCUUCUGUCCAAUCUCCCCACUGUGUGUCACUCUGGUCAUAUCUGGCCUACAGCCAUACGAUCCACACGUACACUCUGUCGUACCACACACACAUUCAAAUAUGGUCGUACGUACAGUACAUGUACACGAACACACACGUACACACACUCACACACACACACUCUCUAGCUAAGAGGUCUGGGGAGGGUCGGGCCCAUUUCCCUCUCAUGGUCUACACAACGGUCUGGGGAGGGUCGGGCCCAUUUCCCUCUCAUGGUCUACACAACGGUCUGGGGAGGGUCGGGCCCAUUUCCCUCUCAUGGUCUACACAACGGUCUGUGUCUUUAUUCAAUCUGAGAGAAAGUGAGGGAAAGAUGGAGGGAGAUUCUGUAGAUCUGUUCUCUGAGUCCCCGAGAAAACAUGAUCAAUCUGAUUAUUAAUAAGUCAUGAGAACAGAUGAAACUCAUGGGCAAUCAUUGGGCUCCCGAGUGGUGCAGCAGUCUAAGGCACUGCAUCUCAGUGCUUGAGGCGUCACUACAGACCCCCUGGUUCGAUUCCAGGCUGUAUCACACAACCGGCCGUGAUUGGGAGUCCCAUAGGGCAGCGCACAAUUGUCCGAGUUUGGCCGGUGUAGGCUGUCAUUGUAAAUAAGAAUUUGUUCUUAACCGACUUGCCUAGUUAAAUUAAAUAUAGAAAUUACAUUCAUUCACUGGUACCUGCACUGCAGCUGUGGCCAAUAGCCUUUACUGCACAUUAGGGAAUGAUUUUGGAAUCUUCCUAGAUAGUCCUAGUGUUAGAAUACUUUUUAAAGUAUAGGAGCGGAGACAUAUAUCUAAAUAUAUGACUGUGUAGGAGAAAAACAUAUUUAAAAAGUUGUUCUUAUGAAUAUUCAUGAGUGAUGUCCAUCCCCAGCAGGACAGUAUAACCUCAUACUCCUCUCCAUGGCUGCUACAUCUAUCUGGUGUUACUGUGUUACUGGCUGUCUGGCUGCCUGCCUGUCUGGCUGCCCGCCUGUCUGGCUGCCCGCCUGUCUGGCUGCCCGCCUGUCUGGCUGCCUGCUGGUCUUCAGUCACAUAGACAAAUGGCUUGCUAGCAAGCAGGCUUAUUCUACGGAAUCACAUAAAAUCUGAAUUAAAAAAAUAUAUGAAUAAAAAAUUAUUUCUGUUUAGAAAAAGUAGUGCACUGGGCCUUUACUAGCAUUAGCAAACCGAUAUAGACGUUUGGAGCGCUGCCAAAAACAUUUUUCAGCAUCUCUGCUUUGGCAAAAAAAGGUAGUUGUAUAACCUGAGUGGCGCAGUGGUCUAAGGCACUGCAUCGCAGUGCUAGCUGUGCCACUAGAGAUCCUGGUUCGAAUCCAGGCUCUGUCGUAGCCGGCUGCGACCGGGAGACCCAUGUGGCGGCGUGCAAUUGGCCCAGCGUCGUCCAGGGUAGGGGAGGGAAUGGCCGGCAGGGAUGUAGCUCAGUUGAUAGAGCAUGGCGUUUGCAACGCCAGGGUUGUGGGUUCGAUUCCCACAGGGGGUAUAAAAAAAAAUAAAAAAUAAAAAAAGUAUAAUAAUAAUGUGACUAAACUGUAAGUCGCUCUGGAUAAGAGCGUCUGCUAAAUGACUAAAAUGUAACUAAGAACAGUAUCUUGCAGGAUUCAAUAGUUGGAGUUGUUGCCCAGUCCCUUUCUCUGCGAUUGUCAUUCUAAUGGAAACCAGAAAGAACAAAUCCCUGUCCUCAAACAUUUAUAUCAAAAGUGCAAAGUUAUGGGCAAAGACACAAAACAUCCACUUUUUGUGCAAUAUUAAUUUACCAUCCUUACUAACCACUUAAUGUAAAUGUACAUUACUGUAUUGUACAUAGGCUGGUCAUCUAGGUUUGUACCUGUAGACUUUCCAUCACCAUGAAGAAAAAACAAUGCACUAAACAGUAAUUGAGUACAUUGAGACAUCAAGUGGUUUGUGAUGAUGUGGCUCAGUUGGUAGAGCAUGGUGCUUGCAAUGCUAGGGUUGUGGGUUCGAUUCCCACUGGGGACAAGUAUGAAAAUGUAUGCACUCGCUACUGUAAAUUGCUCUGGAUGAGAGCGUCUACUAAAAGGAAUUAAAAGACAGACCACUUCAGUUUUCACAUAGAAAUAAGUUGCAUUUGCAAAGUAUUUCAAGAAACUGGAAAACGUGUAUCAAGCAAGUAUUUUUAUAUUCCACAAGUAUCAUCAGAUUAAUUGUUUUGUAGCGAUAAUUAUGAGACUCAAGUUACAAAUGCUGGUAAACACUCAAAUACAUUUAGUUAAAAUGUUUUCAGAAAAGUAGUGCACUGGGCCUUUACUAGUCCUGUAUUAGCGCACCGAUAUAGACAUCUUCAGAUUUAAUUUUUCUUCUGAAAUGCGGCCGGAGGGAAUAGCAUCCCCGACACUCGAAGAAGGAAGAGGCUGCGUUAUAGAGGCCGGCGUCCGGGAUACCUGACGAGUAGUGCUGAGCGAUUAACCAACAUUUUUCUUAUUUUGGGGUAUUUAAACAACUAAUUGACAGACGUCGGUUAAAUUAUUUGAAUUCCAUUUUUAUUUUUUUUAUUUUAUGUGAGAAUGCGCACAUUGCACAGUUUCUCUAGAGAUCAAUCAGAUCCAGCCUGAACUGUGCGAUGUAAUAGGGAGUUGUAGUUUCCAACAGGCCAAAAUUCUACAUAGUUUAGCACGUAAAACGUGGUAAUUAACUACAAUGACCAUAAUCCAUUGCGCAUAUACUUAUACGGUCUGUGUUUCUUUUACUCCUGCAACGGAAGAGGCAAAAAUGCUUGAUCGUAAGGGGAUAUAGAGAGCAGCUGUGGCUUCGCGAGGUUUCUCUACCAGAAAAUACAUGAUCAAAGUGAUUGAUAGUUGGUAUUCAGCAGUCAUAAUAGUAUGCCUUAUUUACUUUGAAGAACUACUAAAAUAGUAAUUUAGUCAGACAGCAUAUGUAGCAGCUCUAUAGAGAUGAGAUGAUGACUUGGAAUGAAAUAAUAAAGUCAUCAAAUAAAACAAAUGUAAUAUACACAACAACUGAAAUAUUAUAUUAAAGUAAUGUGAAUAAAUGAUGGUUAAUAAGUGAUAAGCAGUAAUGGUAAGUCACUACCAUCAUGGGACUUUUAUUAACCGAUUUCAAAAAGCACUAAUCUCCUAGCACUACUGACGAGGCGAGUGGAUAAACCGCCUCUACCCUCCGUUCUAUUGGCCAACGUGCAAUCACUGGAGAAUAAACUGGACGAGCUCUGUCCGAGACUAUACUAUCAACGUGAUCUGAAGAACUGUAAUAUCCUGUGUUUCUCCGAGUCGUGGCUGAACAAGGACAAUAUAAAUCUAGCUUUGUGUGUGUGAUAUCAAAUGGCGAUCCAAUUACGAUCUUGUCUCAUCGCUGCAACUCCCCAACGGGGAGGUCGAGUCAUGCGACCUCCGAAACAUGACCCGCCAAUCCGCACUUUUUAACUCCCGUCUGCUUAACCCGGAAGCCAGCCGCAAACCCUCCCCUAACCCGGACGAUGCUGGGCCUAUUGCGCGCCGCUCUAUGGGACUCCCGGUCACAGCCAGUUGUGUCACAACCUGGGAUCAAACCCGGGUCUGUAAUGACGCUUCAAGCACUGCGAUGCAGUGCCUUAGACCGCUGCGCCACUCGGGAGGCUAUCUAGCUGCUUUUUCUAUGCAUCGGCAAGACAGAACGGCAGCGUCGGGCAAACUCGGGGGGGGGGGGGGGGGGUGGUUUGUUUCUCUUUGUUAACAAUAGCUGUUACGCGAUCUGUAAUAUUAAGGAAGUCUCAAGGUUCUGCUCGCCUGAGUUAGAAUACCUCAUGAUAAGCUGCAGACCAUACUAUUUACCAAGAUAACUUACAUCUACUUACCACCACAAACCGAUGCUGGCACUAAGACCGCACUCAACAAACUGUAUAGGGCCAUAAACAAACAAGAAAAUGCUCACCCAGAGGUGGCGCUCCUAGUGGCCGAUGAUUUUAACGCAAGAGAACGGAAAUCCAUUUUACCUAAUUUCUACCAGCAUGUCACAUGUGCAACUAGAGGUGAAAGAGAUCUAGAUCACCUUUUCUCCACACACAUACAAAGCUCUCCCUCACCCUCCAUUUGGAAAAUCUGACCAUAACUCUAUCCGCCUGAUUCCUGCUUACAAACAAAAACUCAAACAGGAAGUACUAAUGAAACGCUCAAUACGGAAGUGGUCCGAUGAAGCGGAUGCUAAGCUACAGGACUGUUUCGCAAGCACAGACUGGAAUAUGUUCCGGGAUUCAUCCGAUGGCAUCGAGGAGUUUACCACAUCAGUCACCGGCUUCAUUAAUAAGUGCAUCGACAACGUCGACCAACAGUGACCGUACGUAUAUAUCCCAACCAGAAGCCAUGGAUUACAGGCAACAUCUGCACUGAGCUAAAGGCUGGAGCUACUGCUUUCAAGGAGUGGGACACUAAUCCGGACGCUUAUAAGAAAUUCCACUACGCCCUCCGACGAACCAUCAAACGGGCAAUGUGUCAGUACAGGACUAAGAUCGAAUAUUACUACACCGGCUCUAUAUCUCGUCGGAUGUGGCAGGGCUUACAAACUAUCACGGAUUACAAAGGGAAACCCAGCUGUGAGCUGCCCAGUGACGCGAGCCUACCAGAUGAGCUAAAUUCCUUCUAUGCUGUUCUGGCACCAGCUGUCCUGGACGACUGUGUGGUCACGCUCUGCGUAGAUUUAAAGGUAAGACCUUUAAACAGAUGAACAUUCACAAGGCCAGACAGACUACCAGGACACAUACUCAGAGCAUGGUCUGACCAGCUGGCAAGUGUCUUCACUGACAUUUUCAACCUCUUCCUGACCCAGUCUGUAAUACCUUCAUGUUUCAAGCAGACCACCAUAGUCCCUGUGCCCAAGAACACUAAGGUAACCUGCCUAAAUGACUACCGACCCGUAGCACUCUCAUCUGUAGCCAUGAAAUGCUUUGAAAGGCUGGUCAUGGCUCACAUCAACACCAUCAUCCCUGACAACCUGGACCCACUCCAAUUCGCAUACCGCCCCAACAGAUCCACAGUGACGCAAUUGCUAUUGCAUUCCACACUGCCCUUUCCCACCUGGGCAAAAGGAACACCCACAUGAAAAUGCUAUUCAUUGACUACAGCUCAGCGUUCAACACUGCAGUGCCCUCCAAGCUCAUCAAUAAGCUAAGAACCUUGAGACUGAACAGCUCCCUCCUGACGGGCCGUCCCCAGGUAGUGAGGGUAGGCAACAACACAUCCACCACGCUGACCCUCAACACAGGGGCCCCUCAGGGCUGCAUGCUUAGUCCCCUCCUGUACUGUUCACCCACGACUGCGUGGCUGCGCACGACUCCACCACCAUCAUUAAGUUUGAUGACAACAGGACGGUGGUAGGCCUGAUCAUCGACAACGAUGAGACAGCCUAUAGGGAGGAGGUCAGAGACCUGGCAUUGUGGUGCCAGGACAACAACCUCUCCCUCAACGUCAGCAAGACAAAGGAGCUGAUCGUGGACUACAGGAAACGGAGGGCCGAGCACACCCCCAUUCACAUCGACGGGGCUGUAGUGGAGCGGGUCGAGAGCUUCAAGUUCCUCGGUGUCCACAUCACUAAGGACCUAUCAUGGUCCAAACACACCAACACAGUCGUGAAGAGGAUACGACAAUGUCUCUUUCCCCCUCAGAAGGCUGAAAAGAUUUGGCAUGGGCCCUCAGAUCCUCAAAAAGUUAUAUAGCAGCACCAUUAAGAGCAUCUUGACUGGCUGUCAUCCAGGACCUCUAUACCAGGCGGUGUCAAAGACAAAAAUUAUCAAAGACUCCAGCCACCCAAGUCAUAGACUGUUCUCUCUGCUACCGCACGGCAAGCGGUACCGGAGCGCCAAGUCUGGGACCAAAAGGCUCCUUAACAGCUUCUACCCCCAAGCCAGAAGACUGCUGAACAAUUAAUCAAAUGGCGAACCCCCUUUUUUAUUUGUAAUGACUCUCUUGCACCGGCUCUAUGCACACUCACUGGACUCUACUAACACACUCACACAUACUACACUGACACUCCAACACACACACACACACACACACACAAACACACACACAUGCAUAUUGAUGCCACACACACACAAACUCACACAUAGACACACCUUCAUACUCUUCACAUCUGCUGCUGCUGUUUAUUAUCUGUCCUGAUUGCCUAGUCACUUUUACCUCUACCUACAUGUACGUACAGUAUUACCUCAACUACCUUGUACCCCUGCACAUUGACUCGGUACCGGUACUCCUUGUAUAUAGUCUUGUUAUUGUGUUACUAUUUCCUUUUUUAAUUUUUUGAAAAUGUAUCUUACUUUUUAACUGCAUGGUUGGGAAAGGGCUCAUAAGUAAGCAUUUCACGGUAAAGUCUACACCUGUUGUAUUCGACGCAUGUGACUAAUACAAUUUGAUUUGAUUUGAUAUUGCGUGUCGAUGGGACUGUAUUUCAGCCUGUCGGACUGUUAGUUCCUCACACAGCCAAGUAUGCAUAAGGAUUAGUUCAAAAUGGCCGUCUGUCAUCAAAGCUGUCUGAGUGCCAUGGCCAAACACGACUCUGUCACUGUCUCUGCAAGGCCGCCUGUGUGUGUGUGUGUGUGUGCGUCCGUGCAUGUGUGUGUGAAUACUGACUAUCUCGACUGUGAGAUGCUUUUAGGAGCCUCCCUCCAUAAACUAUCUCUCUCUCUGAGAACAUCUUGUACAUCCAACAAGUUCCAAAUGUCAAAUUAUGAAGUUGUUUUUGACACCAUUGGUUGCCGCAGUGGAUCGUUUAAGCCUCCUGGCAAGGCACCUCGUGGCUGCUUAAAUGUAAGCAUUCCUUCCAAAUGUUUAAGUUAAGGGUUAAGGUUUGGGAUAGGGUUAAAUUAAGUUUACGCAUUCAUUCCGAAUGGUUACGUUAAGGGUUAAGGUUUGGGACAUGUAAAAAAAAAAAAAAACAAGCCAUCCCCGUCAACAACGUCCUAGCAAAACCUAAGCCUACUCGCUGGUAAUAGUGCUCACCGUUGCCCCUAGUGGUGGGUUUUGAAGACGUCCAAUUUCGAAGUGAAUCUUGAGUGUCCUGGCUGGUACAUCAGCUGCUUGCUACAGUGUGUCGCCUGUGUAGCCAUUAUUCUCUUUUAUUUGGUUUUUUAUUCCCUCUCUCUCUCUCUCUGUCUACUGAUGGAGGACCACAGGGCUGCCAGACAGUGCUGGCUGGCUGAGGGUCAGAGGCUUAGUGAAUGCAGAGCAGACCCAUACUUUUGGACAGCAGUGUUACAGCCAGGGAUCUGAAUUGAAGAAAUAAAGUAAAUGUGACAUUUUCCACAGAGCCUUUCCAGGGGCAGACUGGCCAUCUGCCAUUUUUUUAGCCCAGUGGGGCCUGUGUUACUUGUGUGGGGCCUCAAGAAAAAAAAAUGGGCCAUGUGGUAGAAAUACCAGGGCCCGAUUUCUGGUUCCAAUCCGCCCCUGAACCUUUCCCAGACUCUGACUGGCAGGCUGCCUCAGCUGGCCAGGCUUCAGCUUCCUGAUUAGGACAGGGGAGGCUGCUCGUUAGCCUCAUGCACUAAUAAAUACAAUGUAACAGUCACACACUCCUUUACAUUACAGCAGUGGUUCCCAACCAGGGGUACUAGGACCCAGGGGGUACUUGGCCUAUCCACAGGGGGUACUUGAGAAGACUCAUGAGACCAUAGGCCUACUGGUAAAAUGUACAUAAUGGGGUACUUCAGGGGUACUCGGGGCAGAGAAACAUUCAGUUGGUGGUACAGUAAACAAAAAAAGGUUGGGAACCACUGCUUUACAGUAUAGUACAAUACAUACUGUAAACUAUACUGUAAAAAUUACUGUAAACGGAUGAAAUGGAUACACAGGACAGCAGAUGAAGUGGCGGGCGCCGAGUGGCGCAGUGGUCUAGGGCUGUGGCACUAGAGAUCCUGGUUCGAAUCCAGGCUCUGUCGUAGCCGGCCGCGACCGGGAGACCCAUGGGGCGGCGCACAAUUCGUCCAGGGUAGGGGAGGGAAUGGCCGGCAGGGAUGUAGCUCAGUUGGUAGAGCAUGGUGUUUGCAAUGCCAGGGUUGUGGGUUCGAUUCCCAUGGGGGGCCAGUAUGAAAAAACAACAAAAAAUAAUAAUAAUGUAUGCACUCACUAACUGUAAGUCGCUCUGGAUAAGAGCGUCUGCUAAAUGACUAAAAUGUAAAUGUUUUUUUUUUUUUUUUUUUUUAAGCAGUAGUACUGAUCAAAUGUCCACGUACUCUGUAUUAUGUAUCAGUGACCAGGCACAAACACUUGGCUUGGCUUCUUGGACUAGCACGUUUCUGUUCACUCCAUUUGAUUUGUCUUCUUUGGACAAAACCUGAGGAAUAUUACCUGAAGUACGCCAGGCUUUGUGUCACACAGACAGUGUGUGAUCACUGUCAGUGUGUCCAGGCUGAUCAAACACCUGACACUGACAUGCUGCACCACAGACACUGUCUACUCAAACAUGGAUAGAAACUUAAUUCCAGCUUCAGCAGGAACCACACCUUUUUCACUGCCUGCAGGUCCAACAGCAGAGACAGGCUGUAUAAUCUUUACUAUACACACUGCCAGCCAGGCUCCAAGUGUAAUACUCAACAGUACACACACACACUCACACGCAAGGAUGCACGUGCAUGUGGGCGCGCACACACACACACACACGCACGCACGCACGCACACACACACACACACACUCUCUCUCUCUCUUUCUGGGUAGCUGUCAUGUUUGGUGAGUAGGGAUGAGCCAGGAGUGUGAACAUGGAGAGAAAGCCUGGGGCUGUCACAGAGGGAGAGAGGGAGGAUCAGAGAGGUGAGACCAAUGGAACGAAACAGAAUACACAAAUAUUUAUCGCUGGGCGUACUGCAUGUUCAUUGGGCCAUGUGCCAAGUUUAUAUUUGAGAACACACCUGAGGAUAUUUGGCUGCUCCUAACAGAUAUGGAAUCAGCAUCGCUAAUAAAGGGACACCAUUUCAAACCAUCCAUUUUAGUACACUCCAAAAAGACAAGGUUCCUGGAGUAUCCUUUAGGGUUUUUUCAAAUUUGAAAUUGAAGGGGAACCCCUAUAUUCUUCAAAGAACCCGUUUUAAUGGAUCCUCAUAAUAUCCUUUUGAACUACCCCCCCCCCCCCCCCCCCCACACACACAUUAUUAUUAAUAAUAAUAAUACGCAUAAUCAUAACACAAUAUUUUAGUUCUCAGUGUUUAUUAUGAUUUUAGUGGCAAAGCAGAAUAAUAAAAUCUAAAUAUGAGGUAAACUCCCCAGCAGAGCCCCAAGUCCAAUGGGUAUAUCUGGCGUGUUGAUGUUAAUGUGUUGAAGUUCUCUGUUUUUGAUACCCAGAAUGAUUUUGCAGUGCAUGGUGAUCGAACAGGUUUCCGGUUAUAUUCAUCAGAGGUGUAGGGAGGGUGAAGUCUGUGAAUCAAAAAAAAAUUAAUUAUACAGAUCAUUAACAAAAAAUGCACAUGACAGUAUUCAUACAUUGGUUUUUGUGGUGAAUGUGAAUGAAAAAAACGUAUGAUAAUGGUUUUCAUACACAUACAGUACCAGUCUUUAUAUUUACUAUUUUCUACAUUGUAGGAUAAUAAUGAAGACAUCAAAACUAUGAAAUAACACAUAUGGAAUCAUGUAGACACCAAAAAAUUGUUUAACAAUUCUAAAUAUAUUUUAUAUUUGAGAUUCUUCAAAUAGCCACCCUUUGCCUUGAUGACAGCUUUGCACACUCUUGGCAUUCUCUCAACCAGCUUCACCUGGAAUGCUUUUCCAACAGUCUUGAAGGAGUUCCCACAUAUGCUGAGCACUUGUUGGCUGCUUUUCCUUCACUCUGCGGUCCGACUCAUCCCAAACCAUCUCAAUUGGGUGGAGGUCGGGGGAUUGUGGAGGCCAGGUCAUCUGAUGCAGCACUCCAUCACGCUCCUUCUUGGUCAAAUAGCCCUUACACAGCCUGGAGGUGUGUUGGGUCAUUGACCUGUUGAAAAACAAAUGAUAGUCCCUCUAAGCCCAAACCAGAUGGGAUGUUGUAUUGCUGCAGAAUGCUGUGGUAGCCAUGCUGGUUAAGUGUGCCUUGAAUUCUAAAUAAAUCACAGACAGUGUCACCAGCAAAGCACCCCCACACCAUAACACCUCCUCCUCCAUGCUUUACAGUGGGAAAUUCAAAAUGCAGAGAUCAUCCGUUCACCCACACCACUUCUCACAAAGACAGGGCUGGAACCAAAAAUCUCAAAUUUGGACUCAAGACCAAAGGACAAAUUUCCACUGGUCUAAUGUCCAUAGUUCGUGUUUCUUGGCCCAAGCAAGUCUCCUCUUCUUAUUGGUGUCCUUUAGUACUGGUUUCUUUGCAGUAAUUAGUCCAUGAAGGCCUGAUUCACACAGUCUCUUCUGAACAGCUGAUGUUGAGAUGUAUCUGUUAUUUGAACUCUGUGAAGCAUCUAUUUGGGCUGCAAUUUCUGAGGCUGGUAACUCUAAUGAACUUAUCCUCUGCAGCAGAGGUAACUCUGGGUCUUCCAUUCCUGUGGCGGUCCUCAUGAGAGCCAGUUUCAUCAUAGCGCUUGAUGGUUUUUGCGACUGCACUUGAAGAAACUGUCAAAGUUCUUGAAAUGUUCCGUAUUGACUGACCUUCAUGUCUUAAUGUAAUGAUGGACUGUCAUUUCUCUUUGCUUAUUUGAGCUGUUCUUGCCAUAAUAUGGACUUAGUCUUUUACCAAGUAGGGCUAUCCUCCGUAUACCCCCCUACCUUGUCACAACACAACUGAUUGGCUCAAACACAUUAAGAAGGAAAUAAAUUCCACAAAUUAACUUUUAAGAAGGCACACCUGUUAAUUGAAAUGCAUUCCAGGUGACUACCUCGUGAAGCUGGAUGAGAGAAUGCCAAGGGUGUGCAACGCUGUCAUCAAGGCAAAGGGUGGCUAUUUGAAGAAUCUCAAAUAUAAAAUAUAUUUUGAUUUGUUUAACACUUUCUUGGUUACUAUAUGAUUCCAUAUGUGUUAUUUCAUUAUUUUGAUGUCUUCACUAUUAUUCUACGAUGUAAUUUUUUUUUUAUCAAAGAAAAACCCUUGAAUGAGUAGGUGUUCUAAAACUUUUGACUGGUAGUGUACCUUGUCCAUAAUGUAGAGGCCUAUGGGAUAUUCAUUGAAGAGGUAAGGGAGGAGGAUGGUAAAUGUGAUCUGCAUAACAUACCAAUACCAAUUGACAUACCUUUGUAUGCCUGCUCGUAUACCUACAGACACAAAAGUGAGCAGUUCAGCCAUCUGCACGCAAUACAGCUAGCCUUCAACAUAUUCUUAUAGCCUACAUAUUCUUACCUCUUUGUUGAUUUCAUAUCCAUUGAAUUGUGUCCAUUUUCUGUUUUUAGAAAGAUUGGCACAAAUAUGAAUAGAUAGAUGGUAUCAUCAUAAAACAAUAUCAAUUUAGAUCUUACAAGGGACAAACCUUACCUUAAAUUGAGGGGAUCUUUAUAUUUUUCAGUUAAGUGCCUGCACCUGCUGUCCUUUCAAAUUCAAAUCCAAAUGUUUCAGUUGGGCAGUUAGGUUCCUGCAAGAACCCCCACCAACUAAGGAGGUUCCUCGAUGAACCCCACCUCCUAUGGGGUUCUUGGAAGAACCUUUUGGGGGCCAUUUUCAGUGCCAAGAACCCUAAGGUUCUUCGAAGAACUUUGUGGAUCUUAGAAGAACACUUGUUGAACCCCUAAUUUUUAGAGUGCCAACAGUUAGUCCUUUUUUAAUAACUGUUUCUCCCUCUCUCUAUCUGCUCUAUCUCAUCCAUCUCUAUCUCUCGCCUCUCAUCUCUAUAGGAAAUAUCGCUCUCUUCUAGAUCUCUCUCUCUUAUAAUCUCUCUCUCAUCUAGGAUACUAUUCAAAUUAUAAGAGCUCUCUAUGUCUAAACUAUCUCUCUCUCCUCUUCUCUAUCCUCUCUUCUCUUCUAUAAACUUCUCUCUCUCUAUCUCUCUUCUCUCCUCUCCUCUCAUCUCUCUCUCUCUCUCUCUGUCCUUCUCAUUGUCUCCUCCUCUCUCUCUCUCCCUCUCUGUCAUCCCCUCUCUCUCAUGCCCUGCUGCCCACUCCCUCUGACCCUCUUUCCCUCCAUUCCUUCCUCCUCUCAUCCCUGGCAGGUGGGCGUCAGGGAAAGCUUCCUGUCACAGCCUUCGAGGCCUUUGACCUGGAAAUGAAGAAUUGGACGCGUUACCCCUGUAUCCCCAGCCGCCGAGCCUUCGCCUGCUGUGCUGCCACCGAGCAGGGCUUCUUCAGUCUGGGGGGGCUCCAGCAGCCCUGCCCCCAUAACUUCUACUCCAGACCCCACUUCGUCAGCACGGUGGAGGAGUACGACCCAGAACAGGGUGAGUCCCCUCAGUGUCCACACCGACACAACUCUACAGGUGCUCCAGUCACAGAAUUAAAUAAAACCCUAUUUUGUUAACUUGUAUUGUAUCUCUAUCAGUAUUCUCAUUCAGUCAGUCCCACCAUAGCUCCAAUACUCUCAUUCAGUCAGUCCCACUAUGGGUCUAGUAUUGUCAUUCAGUCAGUCCCACUAUGGCUCCAAUAUUCUCAUUCAGUCAGUCCCACUAUGGGUCUAGUAUUGUCAUUCAGUCAGUCCCACUAUGGGUCUAGUAUUGUCAUUCAGUCAGUCCCACUAUGGGUCUAGUAUUGUCAUUCAGUCAGUCCCACUACGGCUCCAGUACUCUCAUUCAGUCAGUCCCACUAUGGGUCUAGUAUUGUCAUUCAGUCAGUCCCACUACGGCUCCAGUACUCUCAUUCAGUCAGUACCACUGGUGAGCUGAACUCAUUUGGCUCAACAUACUGUCUCCCCUUAUAGACCCAUACAUGCAUAAUGUCCUCCAAACAAGCCAACGUCAACCCUAUAAACUCAACUCAAACACUGCCCUUACCCACUAUAACACAUUUAGCUUAUCUUAGCAUACAAUCUCCUAACACAUUCAUCCUCUCAGAAAAUUAUAUCCCUGCUUCAGGCCAGGGUUGA